AGUCAUUCUCGUUGGUUCGCUUAGUGCGGUUGGUUUUCGAAAUUUUCAUAACAGCAGCGCCUAUAGUGUGUCCACAAAAGAGAGCGUGGAAAAAAGAUACAAGCACAUACACAUAAACAUGCAAAUUAAAAAAUAUUCAAAAACACUUUGCUUACUAUCAAAAUCAGUGAAAUAACAAUUAUUUGCAUACCAAACAAAAAAAAAUUUAUAAACAAUUUGUUAUAAAGUUUAAUAUGGGAUUGCUAAAAAUUCAAAAACCGCCCAAAAGGCAUGACGCAGAAUUAGAAAUUCUGUUGCUGUAGAAUUUGCUAAUUGACACUUCGAUAGUUACUAACGUUUACGUCGUCGCUGCCGAUUUACUGCUCUUUUUAUUGUAGUUGACAAAUUCUACAGCUGCGAAUUGAAAUCCCUUAAAUCGGUUCGUCAGUAGACCGGCCCAUCGGUGUGUGGUGGAUGACAAUAGCUUUAUUCCCUGCUAUUUGAAAUUAGAGGAAAGCGUCUUUCCACUAAUACCACUGUGUAUUGAGAAAUCUUUCAUCGUUUACUUACAUUACUGCGUUUAUACAUACAUACAUACAUAUGUAGUUCUUGUUUGUGUUUGUUAAUUCAGUAUUGAAAUUUUUUAUCAAGAAAUUUAAAUUGAGAGCGUUCGUUUUACAUCGAACUACAGAACCUACCGCCAUUCGCUGCAGUACGUGCUUUUUUCAUUUGUUUACGCUCUCGCGAGUUUGUCAUUUGCACUCCCAUUAUCGUUCUUAGCGACAGAGUAUUCAAAACGUUGAAGCGUAGGGAAGUAAAUAGUUGCAGAUUUGGAAUGAUGUUGCUGUCCGCGCCAACCAAACGCUCCGCUUUCGGUUGAAUAUUAAAACAGCUCAUAAAUGCUAAUGCCAAGGCGACAAUACCACCUUAACGGUUAUAAUCCAGAUAUGAGCAUAACAUUAAGCAUGCAGCACCAACAACAGCACAUUAAUCAAUUAUUGAAUACGGCAGCGACCGCCACCGGCAUUGUAGGCGACGUGGAUGCCUUACUUACGCCCAUACAGAACAACAACGCCAUGCCGCGCAAUCUCUGGCGCACCAAUGAAAUCAUGGAAAUGUUGAUCAUUAUGCAAGAAAUAAAAGCGCUCGAAAUGCUUAGCGUUAAAACUAUAAAGAGCGAACUAGUAUUUCGUAAAGUGGAAAGGAUAAUGCAUUUACGCGGCUUCCGAAAGAAAUCACAUGUACAAAUUUGGACCAAGUGGAAAUUUCUCAAAUCGACUUACACGACAUCCCGUCGCAAUGGCAUUAUACCAAAAAUGAUACCACAACCGAUCUAUGAGGAAUUGCACAAAAUGCUGCAAAACGCCAAUAGCAGCUGCUCAGGCCGUUCGACCAGUGAUUGUGGAAACUCAACCACAUCACUCGAUGGUGACGAUUCAAAUGGUGACACACCAAAUAAUUGUAGUAAUGGCAGUGAAAGCAAAUUGGUUAUAUCUGGUGUUGAAGGGGGCUAUAGUGUGACGGACAAAAGUUCAUUGGAUAGUCGUGUUGCUGGUCCCGAAUCAGACGAAGAGAAUGGUCUGGCACAUCCGAUAUUUGGUUUUCGUUUGGGACUAGUUAAGCAAGAACCCGCAGAUACAGGUUAUGAAUGUUCAGAUGUUAAGGAAAAGGAGUCAACAGCCAGCAUACAAUUUCAAACCGAAGUUAAACAAGAAGUAACAGACGAAGACAAUGCACUAACAGUAUCGACAUCGCAUUCUCCGCAGGUACCAGCCGAAGAGCAGUCAAAACAUCAACAACCUCAACGGCAAUCUCUACCAGAAAUAAUGAUAUUAAGCCGACGGUCCACACGCCCUUCAACCACUACCAACACAUCUACUACCACAUCAAUACCAAACAUUACGAGUACGCCUAAAUCAGGCAUAAGUGCAUCCCAAGCACAGCCAGGAGCUGCAAACAACACAUCAAGUUCAGCACCAUUACCACCGCUACGCAUAGCCCGCUUCGCUAAGAUGCCGCCCAGCGAGAUUACGACCGAUUCUAACGUAAAUUUACCACCGCCACCACUUACCAUAAAUCCGUCAUCACAUACAUUACGGCUUAGUAGCGCCUAUAGUAGUGGCACAUAUGCCAUUAAUGGCAAAGGCAACUCCAACAACAACGUUUUGACAUUUACGCGAAAACUUGCCAAUAUAAAUCCACAGACAGUCACGAUCACAACUCCAGGACAUCAAACUGCCGUGCACCCUUACAUACGUCAACAAGAAGUUGUAAUGUCCGACCUUAAUGCAGCAGCAGUGGCGCCACACGAACACCGAGCGCCUCAACCUUUUUACGGUUUCCCAGAUGGACCGUCAACCAGUCAACAGGCACAACAACAACAAGUUCAACAGAUUGAAUCACGAAAGCGACGUCUAAAGGCAUCAAUCAUGAAUGCAAUGCCGCCAAAGCGUGUAAGCCGCGCACCCGAAACGCUUACAAAGCCCACAUCGCUACAGGCGAAAUUGGAUUAUAGUAGUCAAUUCAACGACGAUGGACUUAAUGACAGUUCAAAUGAGGAAGACAAUUCUAUAUAUCAAGCGCAAUCGCAUCAUGGCGGAGAACAGCCUUCACCAGAUAACAACGAACGCACCCAAGGCUAUACGAGAGUAUUGCAAGAUAUGGCUAUUUCGUUACGUCAAAUGCAACGCGAGGCGAUCAACGAAUUUUUCAAGCGUCAAAUGAAAUUGGCGCGAGAGGAACACGAAUUUCAGAUGCGACAAGAUGCGCUCUUGAUGCAAGCAUUCAAGGAACAAGCUCAGCAGUUUCAGCAGAUGAGCAAAGAACUCUUGGGAAGCGCAGUAAAAUUGGAAAAGCGUAAGAAGAGGCUGGAGAAACAGGCUCAGAAACAGUUUACGAAUAAUAGAAAAGCGCCCACACGACAAAUGCAAGCACGUUCUGGGGAAAAUGUGAAGGUUCUUCUCAACGGUCUAAACAAAGCAAAAGUUGAACGUAAAGAAGUAUUGGAGGAGAGUAAAAAAGACGUCAAAGUACUAAUGAGAAAUAUACACGCACAACUGGAGUUAACUGAAGACGACGAUGAGGACGAUGAACAAAAUCGAUACGAGUAUGAUGUUAGCGAGUAUCUGCAGAAUAAUGGUACUGGUGGUAUGGCGCAAAAACCAGGUGGAGCGCAGAAUACGCUAGAAGACAAAGAUUGUGGUGAAAAAAAUAGCAUUACCUCCGAUCCCAUACAAAUACUUGGCUAAUAGAAUUAAAGUAGAAGAGUUCAAAUAUACAUAGAUACAUAUGUAUUAAACAUUUAAUAAUAAGUUAAGUGCAAUGCACAUUCCAGCGUGAAAACGCUUGUACGUACUCCCUAAAGCAAAAAUGUUGGAGGUAAAAAAGCUAUUUUCAAAGCUUUGGAGCCCCGCAAUAUUUUUGUGUAUAACAUGUGAUCAAAUAGUAGAUUAAUGCAUUAUUAUUUUAAUGAAGUCCUACAGAAUUUUCAUCGAAAACAAAUUAAUUUAAUCCAUCGCGCAACAUUCCAAAGCCGCACGAAGACUUGAUAAUAUAUAAGCAUAAAAUAAUUAAUGUUUAGAUGAACUUUAAUUUAAUUUGAAAUAGAAUGAAAUAUUGUUUUGCCCAUAAUUCUAUAUUUUAAAGCAUAUUUAAUUUGAAAUGAAUAUUUAAGUUAAAUUUAAUACGUUAUAUUUUCUGGAUUAUUAUAACAUCUUUGUUUUAAAGUAAAUGUAUAAAUAAA